GUCGAGUCGGUUCCUGCUAUUCUGGUGCCUCCACUCCGUUCCCUGCGGGUCUCUUCUGUGUGCAAUGGACGGCAUUGUCCCAGAUAUAACAGUUGGUACAAAGCGGGGAUCUGACGAGCUUUUCUCUACUUGUGUUACUAACGGACCCUUUAUCAUGAGCAGCAACUCUACUUCUGCAGCAAAUGGAAAUGACAGCAAGAAAUUCAAAGGUGACAACAGAAGCCCGGGGGUUCCUUCAAGAGUAAUCCAUGUACGAAAACUGCCCAGUGACGUAACAGAGGCUGAGGUUAUUUCCCUGGGAUUGCCUUUUGGCAAAGUCACCAACCUUCUGAUGCUGAAAGGCAAAAAUCAGGCCUUCAUUGAAAUGAAUACGGAGGAAGCAGCAAACACUAUGGUAAGCUACUAUACCACGGUGGCUCCGGUUCUCCGAAGUCAGCCCAUCUUCAUUCAGUUCUCCAAUCAUAAGGAGCUCAAGACUGAUAACUCUCCGAACCAAGCACGGGCCCAGGCAGCUCUGCAAGCGGUCAAUUCUGUUCAGUCUGGAAACUUGGCACUUUCUGCCUCUGCUGCUGCAGUGGAUGCAGGAAUGGCUAUGGCUGGACAGAGUCCUGUUUUGAGAAUCAUUGUGGAAAACCUCUUCUACCCGGUCACUCUAGAUGUGCUGCAUCAGAUUUUUUCCAAGUUUGGCACAGUGCUGAAAAUCAUUACUUUUACGAAGAACAACCAGUUCCAGGCUCUGUUACAGUAUGCUGAACCCAUGAGUGCCCAGCACGCCAAACUGUCUUUAGAUGGACAGAAUAUCUACAAUGCCUGCUGUACCCUGCGUAUUGAUUUCUCCAAACUCACAAGCCUCAAUGUGAAAUACAACAAUGAUAAGAGCCGAGACUACACCCGACCGGAUCUGCCCUCUGGAGAUAGCCAACCAUCCCUUGACCAGACCAUGGCAGCAGCCUUUGGUGCUCCAGGUAUAAUCUCCGCCUCUCCAUAUGCCGGAGCUGGUUUCCCUCCCACCUUUGCAAUUCCUCAAGCUGCAGGCCUGUCAGUUCCAAAUGUUCACGGAGCCCUUGCUCCUCUGGCUAUCCCAUCAGCAGCAGCUGCAGCGGCUGCAGCAGGGCGGAUUGCCAUUCCCGGCCUCACUGGGGCAGGGAAUUCUGUCCUGCUGGUUAGCAAUUUGAACCCUGAGAGAGUUACACCCCAAUGCCUCUUUAUUCUUUUCGGAGUCUAUGGUGAUGUGCAAAGGGUGAAGAUUUUAUUCAACAAGAAGGAGAAUGCUCUAGUUCAAAUGGCAGAUGGAAACCAGGCCCAGCUUGCGAUGAGCCACCUGAAUGGGCAGAAGCUUCAUGGGAAGCCAAUUCGCAUUACUCUGUCCAAGCACCAGACGGUGCAGCUUCCCCGGGAGGGCCAGGAAGACCAAGGUUUAACUAAAGAUUAUGGAAAUUCACCUCUCCAUCGCUUCAAGAAGCCAGGCUCCAAGAACUUUCAGAACAUCUUCCCUCCUUCUGCUACCCUGCACCUUUCCAACAUUCCGCCUUCAAUAACCGAAGAGGACCUUAAGAUGCUGUUCUCCAGUAACAGUGGAAUGGUCAAAGGAUUCAAAUUCUUCCAGAAGGACCGUAAGAUGGCUCUGAUCCAGAUGGGCUCAGUGGAAGAAGCCAUUCAGUCCCUUAUUGACCUCCACAAUCAUGACCUGGGUGAGAACCAUCACUUGCGUGUGUCCUUCUCCAAGUCCACCAUUUAAAACUCUGACAGACGGGAGGCAGAGAGAAUGGACUGACGAAACCUCAUGGUUUCAGCCUUGUCCAGAAAGGGCUGAUUACCUGGAGACAACUUCCAUCAUUCCAAACAAACAACAAAAAAAAGCCACUUUAAAAGCAGCUGAAGUGACCUUAAAGACCAGAGAUUUUAUUUUUUUAAAGAGCUAUCAGUUUACCUGUUUUUAAAAAAAUCAAAUCUAAUUCACAUUGAUAACCUUGCGGUGAUGGGAUAAAAGUUUUUGGUGCGAAGUUCACACUUUUUUGGAAACUUCUCUGGGAAUUUCUCUCUUCCUUUCCUCUCUCUUCUCUUUCCACCCCCAGAAAAAAAAAAAAAAAGCCCAACUGAUCUAGUUUCAGGUCUGUUCUAUCAGACUUCACGGUAAUGCCUUCUAGUUUUCUUUACUCAUUCAAGCCUUGGAAGACCUAAAACCACUGUGCUUUAAAAACUUACUUGAGUACCUUUUUUGAAUCAAGGUGUGUGAUCUCUCAUCCAGCACAAGGAAUUUUAGGAUUCAUCUUUGAUAUACCAUGAAUCUGUUGUCUGUCUGUGCCUUAAGGUUUCUGUUCUUUUU